GCCAGGGAUCGCGGCACACACACCCUGGUCUGCCUCAGGCACAAGUUGCACCACUUGAGCCGUCCGUGUGCGUUAUCACCAACCAACAUUGUUGUUGUGUCGUGUUUGCUCAACCAGGAGCUCCCCUGCUGGCUGUCAUCCCGCCCGCAAGGCGGUUGGUAAUACCCGCCGCCUGUUGGCUCCUCGUCCUUUCCUGAUCGAGACCCGCCACGCGUCGACGUUUCGUUGUCAUUCGGCUUUUUUAUCUUUUCUUUCUCAAGCAAUUGCCAACAGCAUCGUUCACUCAUCCGCAUCACUAUCACCACUGCCUCACCACUGCCAUGACGACGAGACCUUCAGAUGCGCCCUGGGCUGACGGGCCCUUUGCCCUCAUCCCCACGCCCUCACAACGCAUCAAGGACAGCCACAGCUACGUCCACGUAGCGUCCGAGAUGGCCUAUGCCCACAACACCCUCCUCCGCGGCCUCAAUGCCAUCCUCCAGCAGGCGCCACAUGUCCCUGAUGCCAGCACCCCGGCCACGUACAACACCAAGGAUGUUGGCGACUUGCUCUUCUACGUCCGCUGCUGGUGCGAGAUGGUCAACCACCACCACGAAGUCGAGGAGACCUUCAUCUUCCCCGAGUUUGAAAAGUUCAGCGGCCAGCCCGGCCUCAUGGAAGACCCCCGCCACCAGCACUCGCUCUUCCACGACGGCAUGGAGCGCCUCCUCGCAUACGCGACUGCCACAAAGCCCGACGAGUACCGCUGGCUUGGCGACGGCGGCAUGAAGCAGAUUAUCGACUCCUUCAGCAAACCAUUGACGGACCACCUCUAUGCUGAGAUUGAGAUCCUCCUCAAGUUUGGGCACCUCGACAGUGAUGGUUUGCGCAAAGCUUGGGACAAGGGAGAGGAGAUUGCCAAGGCCAAUGGCAAUCUCGGAUUACUGUACACAGUCUUCCCAUGUGUCCUCGGCUGCGCAGACAAGACGUACGAGGGCGGCAACGAAUUUCCCCCACUGCCUUGGGUAAUGCCCUACCUGGUCAAGUACUGGUUCGCCCGUGGCGUCGGCGCCUGGAGAUUUAACCCCUGCGACUUCUUUGGGCAGCCCCGACCCUUGGCUUUUGGGCCACACACCGCCAAGAGCCUCUAAGCCUUGCGGCGAGACCCCUGGAGCAGUCUGGGAACGAUACCGAGACGCAAUGACCAACAAGCGCGGCAUCAUGCUGGCACCGACGCAAAUAUGAAGAUUGAUGCUCGGCUCAGGGCCAGAUGUCAUUGCCUUCUCUCCCUGUAACCAUUUUCUUGUUUUUCAUCCUUGACUGAGCUAGAACCUAAGAUGCUCGACAUCGCUUUAGCGAAUGAACUGCCUUAUGAUUACCA